AUGCCAUCAAUUGCCAGCACAACUUACGCGACUGCUAACGAUGCACGGCUAAGCUAUGUUGUAAAUCAAGCAGUCGAUUUCGACUCAAGCGCCCCAUCCACUGCUACUGCCACUGCCUCCGCAUCUGCAUCUGCAUCUUCAUCCGGAUCCGGAUCUGCAUCCACAUCCGGCUUCCCCACAUUCAGUCCACCCCGCAUCGAGAGUUUGGUUGCCAGCUCGGCGGAAGAUUUGAGCAGCUUUCGCGAUGUGACAUUCGACAUCUUUGACGAUGCCGACGAUUUGUAUGGCUCGCCAUUGGCCUUUGAUGCCAGCGAGCAUGGCCUGUGGAAUGGACGAUUUGUGCCACCGCCCCCACGACCGCCCUUCUUUGUCGACGAGCCGGUCCUGACCGAUGGCCUAACGACAUGUGAUUUAUGCUCCUGGGCCAUGCCCACCAAGAGCACAUUCAUAUUCGAGGGCACGAUAGAAAAAGCCACUGAGCUGGGCUGGCCACUAACGCUGAUCAUUGUUUCCGUGCUGUCAGCGCUGUUCGGAGCAAUCAUAAUGAUUGCUGUCGUGCGUUGCCGGCGCAAAAAGUCGUCGAAUAAUCGCAAUGACACGCAUGUACAGUGGUGGUCACGCAACAAACGCCCCCAUGGCAGCAGUCUGGGCGUUGCAGGCAGCGGUGUUGGUGGCGGCAUUGCGGGAAAUAGCGGCCACCACAACAACAACAAUCAUCUGAGACGCAGCAACAUUUAUACCGCACAUCCUGCGGACAGCAUACGCGGCCUGCCACAGCCCACGCUCUCGGCCUCAUCCUCGCUGACGGCCAUGUCCACAAUGAUGGCUACGGCGCCGCCGGCGCCCACAAUCCAACAACAACAGCCGCAGCGACCGUCGCUCUACCCGCAUGACUGCAACGAUGCCUACGAGGAAGAGGAGCACGAGUAUCAUCAGCCCCAAGAGCUUCAACUGCAACUGCAGCUGCAGCUGCAACAUCAACGACAGCACAGCAGCUCCAUGUCCUCGGUCACCUCGUCGCCAUCGCUGAUGCUUAACAGCCAUCACCAUCAUCAUCACCACCAGCAGCCCAUGUUGCCACCGCCGCCGCCGCCACCAGUGCAGCCAAGCUCCAGCGAUAGCUGCCAUUGGCCCCAGCCCACCACCAUGGUGGUAGCCAGCUGA